AUAACAGGUUUCACUGGAGCCACAGGUAGCCCUGGUAACCAGGGUAUGACUGGCUUACAAGGCGAUGCCGGCGCCACUGGAUUUACUGGUGUUUCUGGAGCUAACGGCCACACGGGGCCUGCAGGUCGUGUUGGGCCAGUAGGAGCUGCUGGUGCUACAGGUGCACGGGGGAGAGAUGGAGACAGAGGAGCGGAUGGAAUCACUGGACAGUCUGGCAUGCAUGGAAUAACAGGACGGACAGGGGCACCUGGCGCUCAGGGUAUUACAGGAAAUGCCGGAGCACGUGGUUUUAACGGAAUAACGGGAAUGACUGGUCAGUUCGGUCAGCGUGGCCAAAGAGGUCCUACUGGUGUUACUGGGAUGUCCGGACAGUUGGGUCCUCGCGGCUUUCACGGAAUAACAGGACAUACUGGACCCAGGGGAUUUGCAGGACCCCAAGGACCCGCAGGUCACAUUGGACACACAGGUGUCUCUGGACCGGUCGGCCAGCCUGGAAGCGAUGCAGACCACGUGUAUUGCAACUUUACUGACGUGACACAGUGCGACCACUACUGCGUCAACGCGACAUCAGGAUACGAGUGCAGGUGUUUCCCGGGCUUUCAACUUCAAAACGACUUGAGAACAUGUGUCGAUAUUGACGAGUGUUUCACUGUAGGCCCCUGUGAGCAGCUCUGUAAAAACACUAUAGGCGGGUUCCAGUGCAGCUGUCGAGUCGGCUUCAAACUCCAGAACAAUAGCAGGAACUGUGAAGAUAUCGAUGAAUGCAACUGCCAGUGUGCUAACAAGAAUCCCUGUCAAAACGCCGCAGGUUUCCUGAGUAUGCCGCUUUGUAUCAAUUCAAUUGGCUCUUACAGUUGUGUGGGACUCCGAUACUCACUUGGCAAUAUGAGAUUUGACUCUGCCCAACCCGUCCCCGCUGUUCUUGGUCAGCCUGCUAACUCCGCCCUGCAGAAUGACGACGUCGGUGCCGUCAACACACAGGCUACAACUGUUUCCCUGUCCACGCACGUCUUGACCAUUCUCGUCGGAAUUCUGCUAGCGUGCGUCGUACUCAUAGCUGUCGUCCUCAUCAUCCUGGCGAUAAAAGCACUCGGGAGAUCGCGGCAGGACCGCCAGGCUGACAAAAAGGGUCAGAGACAAGGACAGGGAUGUAGAGGUGGCACCGAAAGAGCUAGAGAUCCAGAAGCAAGAGCAGUCGGUGAACAGUCGUAUGUGCAAGGGCCAUCUUCGGUGAUGCAGAUAUGAUUCAGUGCAAAUAGUCUACACAAGGCCGGUUCUAGGACAAGCGAUCAUCUUUAAUGCAGAUAUGAUUUAAUGCAAAUAAGUCUACACAAGGCCGUUCCUAGGACACAUCUUCUGCGAUGCAGAUAUGAUUCAGUGCAAAUAGUCUACACAUGGCCGGUCCUAAGACACUCAACUUUUGCUGCUUUAAAACUAAUAAAAUUGUCCGCAGCAACGCGCGGCCUACCCUAAAAGACGGACCUGCAUGUAUACUAAUAUUUAUAAAUACAUAUAUUUAUUUUUUGUAAAAUAUAUUUUGUAAUUAUAUAUAACUCCGAUAUUGUGCUAAUGUUUUAUAUUUUGUUCUUUACUGAUCUUCUUGUUACUAUUGUCCUGUCCUGAAAAAAAUUUAAAUAUGUGUUUAUAUUAUACAGAUAAAAUACUGUAUUCAUACAGUGUGUAAUUGUAAAAAUGUUAAAGAUGUUGAAUUUAUAUUAAAAAUUUAUUUAUA